UAUCUCUGGCGUUAUCUUUCGUCUUGACCGGAGCUCCGUGGGAUGUCCCCAACCUUGUCUCAAUUCUGCGUAGAGACCAGCUAGCGCCUGGCCAUUAGGGUGAAGCUUUCUGUGAUCUCUACCCAAAACGUAAAAGAAUAAGCAUAAAAUUCCUUCAAAAUGACAAUAUUAGUGUUAUGAGAAUAGUGACUCAACUAAAGUGAAUAGAUAAACCAGUGAUCGAAUGCCCUAGCUUCUACAGAGAAAGUCAGAAAAAAAAGUAAGCCCGUAUCCCUCAACCACAUACAGAGAGGACCUAUCUGAAGGCGAGAAAAAAUACGCUUCAACCGCAGCCCUUCCCUUCUCGUCCGCCUGCCGCCGCCAUGGGUCUCAUGGUGAAGGCCUCCUCCCUCCUGACGGUGCUCCUGGCCGUCAUAGCAUCUUCAGGAGCUGUCCAGAAGUCCUAUUUCUACCACUUCGGUCGGGACGCAGGGGAUACAAGCCUCCCUCCUUUCGACGACAUUUCGUCUCCGGAAAUCAGCCUAAGAGUGCCAAUCGUCUUCUUUGAUCAAGUUUACAAUUCCAUAUUCGUCAACAGCAAUGGCUUCGUCUCCUUCUUGACGGAAAUCCCUCAGUUCUUCAACAUUCAGUUCCCUCUCGAGUACCCUAUGAUCGCGCCUCUCUAUUCCGAUGUGGACGCUCGCGAGGCCGGGGAGAUAUGGUACAGAGAAACUUCCGACCCGACGACGGUGUCUCGAGUCACGCGCGAACUUCGGGAGCAGUUCAGCAGCGCGAAGGCCUUCACUCCCUCGGGCGUCUUCCUCGUGACCUGGGACGGCGUUGGCCCCUUCAGCCAGCGCAAGGACAGGAUCAACACCUACCAGCUGGUCAUCGCCACAGACGGCAAAGACUCAUACGUCAUGUUCCACUACGCCGAGGGAGGUAUCCAGUGGCUCCAGGGGGACGGCAAGAACCCCAGCAUGCCCGACGCCAGGUGCCAAGCCGGCCUCAUCUCCGGGGACGGCCGGUUCACCACUCUCAAGGGCUCAGGCACCGACCAGGUCCGGAAUCUGGACACGUGGAGCAACAGCGGCACCCCCGGCGUGUGGAUGUUCCGCGUGGGCCAGCUUGCCCUCGACCAGACCGUACUUCCCCCGGACCUCUCCUCCCACGAAGCGAGCAGCCCUCAGGCGAAGGACGAGCCCGGUUCGUGUGCCUUGCAUGGCUCCGUCUGCCACUCCCACUCCGAGUGCACCGACUACACUCCGGGCUUCUGUUGCAGCUGCGUCGACACCCACUUUGGCAACGGACUCAACUGUCUCAAGAAGGGUGAGAUUAAAGGCGGCUUGGACGUCUUCAACAACAUCCAGGUGAAGACGACCAUCACGGGCUCGAUCCCUACCGUUCCCCUCGGCUCCAAGAUCGAGAUGGAUGCCUUCAACGAGGAGUAUACCAGGGUCGAAGCCAGUGGUGGUGGUGUGGUGGAGAUUGUGUUGGCGGUGGUGUGGUGUUUGAGAUUGUGUUGGUGGUUGUGUGGUGUUGGAGAUUGUGUUGGUCAGUUACGAGCGAGGUCAAGCAGGGUCUUCCGCCUCAAGGGUCAGACGAUCGACACUCCCUUCAGCGUGGAAACCACCUUGGACUAUGACGAGUGUGACUGGAAGCCUCGGACACCUGAAGAAGAUGAGACCAUCAGGCUAAAGGUGGCGGAGAACAUCUUCAUUCAGUACGACGCACCAGAGCAGAUCGUUCGUUAUGCUCUCUCCGCGAAAGUGUCGCCGCUCGAUGAGCCCGACCCUUGUGUUGAAGGGCGGAGGACGUGUGGGCAGAACAGCCAGUGCGUCGUAGAUGGAGAUAAUUACAGGUGUGUCUGUGAACGCGGUUACGAGGAAGUCUACGAUUCAACCAUCAACAAAGCCCUAUGUCUGGAUGUCAACGAGUGCAACACAGGCCGUGACAACUGCCAUGCUGAUGCCUUCUGCGUCAACAGCCCCGGCGGGUUCACUUGUUCCUGCAAGGAGGGAUUUGUGGGCGACGGAAUCGAGUGCCGGAGAGAAGCGAGCUGCGGCAGAAUUCCCUGUGACCCCAGUGCCGUGUGUGACUUCAGAGGGCCUACUCCUCGCUGCGUGUGUCGACCUGGCUACGUCGGAGAUGGAUUCGUGUGCACUCUGGAUCAAGGCGAGAGUCUGAUCGACCAACAGCGAGACUGUAUCGACGCCGACAUCUGCAGUCUUUACGCUGACUGUGUCUAUGACGACGAAGUGCGAGGUUUCCGCUGCGUCUGCGCCCCGGGAUAUUUGGGAGACGGACUCACCUGCACAAGGGAGAGAACGACAGAGGGCUGUGAGACCUCCGCCGACUGCUCGGCCGAUGCAAUCUGCAACGAGACACCGGAGGGAAAGAGGUGUGAGUGCCAGCCGGGAUUUUCCGGCGAUGGAUACAUCUGCAACGGCCGACAGCUGCCCCCAUACCAACCCGAGGUACCCUACCAGCCGUACCAACCCAAUGAUCCUUAUGCACAGGGUGAAUAUGAGCAGCCGUUCCAACCUUACCAGCCGGAGGAGCCGUACCAACCUUACCAGCCAGAGCAGCCGUACCAACCUUACCAGCCAGAGCAGCCGUACCAACCCUACCAGCCUGAACGGCCGUACCAACCUUACCAACCGGAGGAACCAUACCAACCACAGGAACCACAACAACCAUUAGAUGCUGGAGAGAAUCCCGAGCCCGAGUGCCUCUUCGGUGUGUGUUGGUGCCCAGAUGCCUACCAGUACGACAAGGACAGGAACUUGUGCAUCGCUGGUGACACUUCGAUAUCUCAGGCCGAGCACUACGGCCCCAAACCCCACUGUAGCGCAGCGAAGUGCGUGUGUCCCGAAGGCUACAGCUAUAGCCCCAUUUUCGAGACCUGUGACCCGGACGAGAUCGAAGCACGCCCUCUCCCGACGUGUUUCCUGGGCAGAUGUAGCUGUAUUAAGGGUUAUGCCUACGACGACCGCUACCACGACUGUCGGGCAGACCACACGCCGGGCUACGACUACUCUGUCAAGGGUGGUGGAUACAGGCAACGCGAACCAUGCAACAAGGUUAAUAAUUGCCACAGCAACGCACAGUGUAUCUACGAUGGAUACAGUGAGCAGUAUAGGUGUCAGUGUAACGCUGGAUAUGACGGUGACGGCUACUUUUGUAACGAACUGGAUGUAUCCUGCGACUCGGUGGACAUUUGCCACAUCCAUGCUCAGUGUGUCUAUGAUGACUAUGAGCUCAAGCACGUGUGUGUGUGUCUGCCAGGUUACCAGGGUGACGGAUUGGUAUGCACCCCAUUAGAUCAGUGUAGCAGUGUCCAGGACUGUGAUGUUAACGCCCAGUGCCUCUACGACAGUGCCAGUAGACGGUACAAGUGCCAGUGCAAUGAGGGAUACGAAGGAGAUGGCACUUCUUGUUCUCCUAGAAGAGAGGCAAGUUGCAACAUCAUCAACAACUGUGACGUCAAUGCUGAGUGUAUCUAUGACUCGUAUGCGCUGGCUUACCGGUGCCAGUGCCGCUCUGGUUUCGAGGGAGAUGGCACCUUCUGUACAGCCACUGAGGUGGGUUGUAACGUGGUGUACAAUUGCGGCGACAAUGCAGAGUGUGCAUAUGACAUCAACGUCUCCGGGUACAGGUGUUCUUGCAGAGAGGGUUUCGACGGCGAUGGCUACUUCUGCAGAUCGUCCAGGUCAUGCCAGGUCGAGCCGUCGGUAUGCCACCCUCAGGCCUCGUGUAUGCCCGACGCCCUCUCCCCCUUCGGCUACUCCUGCAGGUGCCGUAGUGGCUACACUGGCGACGGAUAUAACUGCCAAGAGGCUCCUGACCACGAGAAGAACCUGCUGCUCAUCAACCAAGGGCUCUCUGUUCUCCGCAUGCCCGCCGACCCGCGCGCUGGAGGCGGGUUCCCGAUCCACGUCGAGCCUUUUAUGACGGCUGUCGGCGCGGACGUUGACUGCUUGCAAGGAAAGUACUACUGGACGGACGUUGGCUCGGCGUCCAUCAGGUCUUCGAAGUACGACGGCUCGGAGCGAAAGCCGGUCGUGUCGGGAGUUGACAUCGGUUCACCUGAAGACGUAGCUGUUGACUGGAUCUCAGGAAACGUUUACUGGACUGAUUCAGUGAACGACGUCGUCGCUGUGGCAUCUAUUGAGACAGGAAAACGCAAGACGAUUAUUGAAAGUGGCCUGGUCAAUCCCCGAGGCAUUGCUGUGCAUCCAGGUCGUGGCCUCCUCUUCUGGAGCGACUGGAACCGCUUCGGACCCAAGAUCGAGGUGUCGGGUCUGGACGGGUCGAACCGCCGGGUCCUCGUCGAGACGGACAUCUCCCUCCCGAAUUCUCUCGUGGUUGACUACGACACCCAGACUCUGUGCUGGGCCGACGCGGGGACGCACAAGAUCGAGUGCAUCGGCGUGGCGGGCAGCGGACGGCGGACGGUGAUGGAGGGCGCGCUUUACCCCUUCGGCCUCACCACCCUCGGCCAGGACUUCUUCUACACGGACUGGAACGACACGAGGAUCCACGUCGUGAACAGAUACUCCGGCAUCGAGUCUCCCUCUCGCGCCCCUCCCCCCGGCGGCUCAGGGAGGCUGUAUGGCAUCGCGGCCGUUCCUCACGCUUGUCCUCCAGUGUCGAACGUCUGCGGAGUGAGUCAUGGCGGCUGCCCUGCUACCCACCUGUGCCUGCCCAAUGGCCGCGGUGGGCGGACGUGUGCUUGUACGACCCACCCACCUAGUGGCGAAGACGACCAGUGUGUCGACUACAACUAUUAAGUGUCUUCCAGGCUCCAGCUGCUGAACGAGGUGACACUAUCAACUGUAAGCGUCGACUCUCGUUGGAACAAGGAAUUGAAAAGAAGAACAUGAAAUAACAGUUUCUUUUAUACAGUGACCAGUAUGUUAUUUGCACAGAUGGGACGUUGAAAAGAUAUAUUGUUGUAUCAUGGAUAUUUAGUGAUUAUUAUUAUUUUUUUUUUUUUUUUUUUAUUUGAAGGGGUAAAUUGAACUAUUUUUUUGUUUUGUUUUUGUCGGGGGAUCUUGCAAAUAUUGAGAAUGUGUUAAUUAACGAAUCAGUUAUUUUCUGGGCUAAUGGACUAUGCAUACGGAUCUUGAUCUUAUAUAUCAGGUUGUGAUUCAGAAAAAAACAAACUUUUAUCUUUGAAAAAAAAAAAUGUUAAAAAUAAUUCUUUAUUUUUUGGUUAAGGGAUACGUGUUAGUUCUGAGAAUCCAAUAGAUGUUAAUUAUGUAACCUUUUUACCUGUUCAUCUUAAUAUUCGCGUUUUUAAGAAUACUAAGAAAGAAUCAUAUAUUUCACAGCUGAGAGAAUGUUCAUAUUUCCGCUAGACCUGUUUCACUGAACAACGAUAGACAAUUGUGAAAGUAAAAUCUAACACUGCCAACGUAGAACAAGCCAUUUGAAAAGAACAUUGAACAUUUCCCUUAUAACGGAUUAGAUACAAUAAAUGAGGAACAAAGAUUUAGGACAAAAAGUUUUACAUGUGUUCAAUAUGUAUUAGAAUGUUAAUCUUAAGCCCCACCUUGUGCUUUUGCCUUUUGUAGAUAAAGGUUGGAAUGGGAAGGCUUAAUUCCACUUUGAGAAAUAUUUCAUCGGUCCUUUCGAUUAUUACAUCAGAGUUGAAUGUCGAAAGGCCAGGGACGUAUUUUUCGUUAUGGAAUUAAAUGUCUGAUUCUUAAACCUUAUUGUUUUAUAUGUCUUUUUUCGACUUACGUUUAGGUGCAGUUCUUAAUGUUGAAUUUCGUGGGAACAUGUCGAUGUUGUGAAGUCUUCCUUUUAUUGUCGUACUGUAAAAUUAAUUCUAAAAAAAAAUAAUGUUGCAUUACUAUUAGAGUACUGUAAAUGUAUUGAAGUUGGAACUAUGGACCUGUUUGCUAAGAAUUAAACGGCUGUACAAGCUAU